UUAUCUAUGGCCUUCACCUUCAGUCAUCUUUGUGUUUAUUACUUGUGAUUGUCAGUUAUAUUUAUUGUUUAUUUUUAAAAUCGUGAGAACACGGUAUAUCGAUUUCUUCAAAAUAUUUUUAGUUGUGUGGAAGUUUAUUAGUCCCUUCCGUUCCUGCCUGAUGCAGUUUGACUAUUGAAGGAGAUACAAAAUCUGUAACCAACUAUUCGAGUUUAGUAUUCAAGUUUUUUCGUAUUUACCUAAAAAUCAGAUAAAUUACGCUUAGGUGAAAGAUAGUUUAAACUGCAAUGGAAACUGUUACUGCCGCAAGUAGUGAUAAACAGAAAUCCGAAAUUUUCCAAUGCAAAAUAUGUCCCUACAACAGUCUGAGAAAGCCCUAUUUGGAUAAACACAUGGAGCAAAAGCAUGGAUUUGCCAAAGUAAAAUCUGAAACUUCAUCGCCGACCGCAAAGAAAAGAAAAUCGAAAGUAGAUAAGAAAGGAAAAACUAAAAAGAGCUGUGCAGAGACAGAUAAUGAAACAGACGAAAGUGCCAAAGUGGAGGAAAAGGAAGUGUAUCAGUGCACUCAAUGCGAUUUCAAAACCACAGAAGUUGAAGACUUGCAUAGUCAUGAAAGCACCCAUAAAACAUUGGAGCUGUACAAAUGCUCUGACUGUGACUAUGCAUCUAGAAAUAAACGGAAUAUGAGAACGCACGUGAAAAUUCAUGUUGACCGGAUUAAUAUGGAGAAAUUUGAGUGCAAAUUCUGCGACUCAUUUAGCACUACUAACAAAAAUUCUCUAUAUAAACAUGUAAGUUUGAAUCAUAAGGACACGAUGAAAAUGUAUGAGUGUGAUGUUUGCCCUUAUGCCACCCCAUAUAAAGCUCAUUUAGGAUCGCAUCGAAAGACCCAUAUGGACCCUACAGAGCUUCCGAUAUAUCAUUGCGAAAUAUGUGAUUUUGAAACUCGUUAUUCAGCAACCAUCCAAAGGCAUGUGAAUAAACAUAAAGAAAGAAAUGAAACUGGCGAUGCCGAAUUAAUAGUGAAGGAGAUCGAUGGUGUUUCGCAAACUGUAUGGUUCUGCUGCGAUUUGUGCGAAUUUCGAACAAAGGAUCAGCGAUAUGUAAUUCUUCAUAAGAAAGUGCAUGCUCGUGCAGAUGAGAUUAAUCGGAAAGGCGAGGAAAUUGUUUUUGGGAAACCUGAAGGUAGCGGUAGUAGUAGUUCGACUCUGGAUAAUGUAACUGAGAAAAGCAGCUGAAACCGAGAUAUCUGAACUCGUUCAAAUAAACGUUACACAGUCAAAUUUGUUCUAACUUUGGAACUGCAUAAAUUCUGAUUGUUUCAAGGGAUUUGGUUUCUGUGUGAAGCAUUAGUAAGCCCCAUGUGUUUUAUGUUAGUCGAUGUUUUGGUAAAAAUUGAGCACCUCUGGAAAAUUUUCAACAAUGGCAAAUUAAAAAAAGCAAAAUUUCGCAAAGUUUGUGCUAAUAGUUGGACAGGUUUUUUUGGGAUCUCAACACCAAACGUUUAAAGAAAAAGCAAAUCGCCCGAAACUGUUUUCAAUUUUUUCGGCCAUCUGGUCUAUGUAUAGGGUAGGCCCAAAAAAUCACCUUUUUGGUUUUACCGCGUUAAAUUUUCUAUUCUUAGUCCGAAUUUAACGAUCCAGAGCUGGUGUUGAAGCUUAAACUUCGUAGACGAUUUAAGACAAAAAUUCAAUACUGCACAAAAUUUACCCAUAUCAAAAUUGCGCCCGGAAUCUGUGAUUUUGGAAGACUUUGUAAGUUUACUUCCAAAUAUUUCGUUCGUUCAUGCAACAGGAUUUUGAUUCAAGAGAAAAAUAUUAUCACUGCAAAACCAAAAAGUUAUUUUGUUUAAAGACCUUUCUGUAAAUAAACGAUAUGAUCGAAAAAUUCAGAAACGUUUCUCGAGAUAUGAGCUCUAUCUUAAUGCUUGUAGUCUGGAGAUACAGAAAUAGUUUUUUAACUCAAAACACGCCAAACUUUAACUAAUUUUGCAUUGCUUCAUUUGCCAUCUUGUAGAAACUUUAUCUGGCGCAUUAAUUAUUUUCAAAACCACGCACCAACUGAAAAAGAAUUGAACUAAAUAACUCUCCAAAUAGAAGUCAAUUUGCUCUCGUAUCCAAUUCCAAAGUUAAAAUUUGUCAAUGUAACGUUGAUUUUGUCGAGAAGUUUAUAUGAAAAAGCUCGAUAAUAUCGGAAGUGAACAGGGUGGUUACAAUUGAACUGCUUUAACCGAAAACGGCUGAUUCGUGACUAAAUCGCACAAAGUUGUUUAAGCCUAAUAAGAAACGUUUAAUCGCCUAAAUUGAACACUGUUCCAUUCAAUUCUGUUUGAACUGAUGAAGCAAGACGUUUUUUGCGUCAAUUAGUCUCGUUUUUCAAAUAUUUUUUAUUGUGCCUUUUAGAAGAGCUUUGUUCAAGCUUGUUAAUUUUAUAGAAAUAUAUAUUAAUACAUGUUUGAGCAUAAAAGUCAUCACAAAAAGCGCUACAUGUCCCGAAUUUCUAUACAAAUAAAGAAUGUUUAAUAUUUUUUUGUGGUUUUUGAAGGAUAUAUAGAAGUACGCACUAGAGGUGCAACAUCAGUAGAAAUAAUUGAAUAAGAGCUUGUUUAAUAACACAUUUUUAUUUUAAAAAAAAUGUUCUUCUUGCUACAUCGGGCAUCUACGAUAAAACGAUAAAAUGUCCUAUACCUCAGUGGGCGUGACAACAUUGAGGUGCCUGCUCUAUAACUGUUUCUCAAAAAUAAAGGUUUUUAUCGUAAAAUAAGCCGAUUUUACUCUAUCUAGUCAGGAAAUUGGUGAUCUCUGUUAAAUCGGUCCAAUUGUGCCCGUCCUGUCUAUUAAAAAAAGUAUUUUGCUACUAGAGCAUUAAUAGGACUAUCGCUCUGAUUGGUAGUUUACAAUUCCAAAUUUAACCAUAUGGAAUUAUUUUACUAAUGAAAUAAUAUAUAUAAUACAAUUGCACAUCAGAGAAGCUUUGAUUGCUGGAUGUUUUACAAUCAACAGCAAUUACUAUGAACAUUCUAUAAAUUAUUUGAUGGGCACGGCUGGGACCAUCGAACUUCAGGUUUCUUGCCUGCAGGUGAUUGACAAGACCACCACGCCUUCUUUUAUAUUUAAUUAUUAGAUUUAGUUGGUUUGUUACCGAAAAAAAGUUAACAUUUUUAAUCCGUAUUACAAAACUUUAUUAUCAGACUAGUUGAAUUUAUAUAUUCCUGUCAUGUAAUAUUGAUGAACUUGAUUCUUUUUGUAAACAAAAUAAUUAACAAUCCCGAUUAAACCUACAGAAGAAUAGAGUAAAUAUUAGCUGUACAGUGACAGCAGCUUAUUUAACUAUGUUAGUUAUAAAGCAUUUUUAUUACGGGAUUUUGAGAGAAUAAUCUAAGUGUAAUAAAACGUGUAGGUGGAAAUAACAAUGUGCAAUUUAUCUAAACUAAAAUGAAGUUUUUUUAUUGAUUAUUUUGCGUAUCAUGUGGAUCUACGUAGCGAGUUUUGCACAUACAACUAUACAAAUAAAUUACAGUUCAACGAUAUCAAAAUAUCUAAAUAAGUAUUAAUUACCAAUACAAUACAUAUUAUAAAUACGUAAAAAAAAUUAGUUGAUAACAUGACCAAAUACACAGUAUUGCAAUCCA